UCUGCCUUAGGCUUCCCAGGAAUGAAGAGAAAGGCCUUCAGUGACCAUUGGAAUUCAUUAAUCACUUUGCUUAUGGAAACUUCAAUUCUCAUAGUUUGGAAUUGAUCAGGAUCUCUUUUACCUGUGUAGCAGCGUUCGAGUUUCAGAACCAUGCAUAUAGGUCAAACGGAUACAACUUCUGUUAAAUGUCUUAUCAACAGCAUCUCUCGAUUCAUUCAUCUAGUUUCUUGCCAAAUAGUGAAACCUAUGCCCCUUCAGAAGAACAUUAAUAAUAUGGUUGGUGUGUUAAAGCAUUUGAAACCCGUGCUUGAUGAUGUUGUGGAUUACAAAAUCCCUUUGGAUGAAAAUCUGUAUAGAGAAUGUGAAGAAUUGGACAUUCGGGUUAAUAAAGCUAGGGAGUUCAUUGAAAAUUGGUACUCAAAGAUGAGCAAGAUUCAUAGUGUUCUUCAAAGUGGGGAAUUGUUGAUUAAGUUACAGGGCGCUUCACUUAAGAUUUGUCAUAUGAUAGUUAGAUUCCUAAAGUCACCUGCAUCAGUUUCCGUUUUGGCUAAUCUUCAGCACUAUAUACAGGAACUCCAGUGUCUUAAGAAAGAACAAGCAAUGAUCUAUAUAGAAGAAGCACUGAGAAAUCAAAGGGAUAAUAUUGAACCUUGCUAUGAACAUCUAAAGGAAAUGAUAGAGUUACUUGAAUUUACAUCAAACCAGGAGCUCCUGAAAGAAAGUAUUGCUGUGGAAAAGGAAAGGUUGAAUGCUGAAGGCGAUAAAACCAAAGGGAACAUGGAUGAAAUUAACCAAAUUGUGAAUCUUAUGUGCAAUUUACGUGAUUAUGUAAUGAAAAUUGAGUGCUCUGAAGUCAAAAGUAGUGUCUCAAUCCCACCAUACUUUCGAUGUCCUUUAUCAUUGGAACUCAUGUUGGAUCCUGUUAUUGUGGCUUCAGGUCAAACAUAUGAGAGGCAAUCCAUCCAAAAGUGGCUUGAUCACGGUCUGACUGUUUGUCCCAAGACUCAUCAAAGACUUACCCAUACAAAUCUCAUUCCCAAUUAUACUGUUAAAGCUAUGAUAGCAAAUUGGUGUGAUGAAAAUAAUGUCAAACUUUCCAUUAACUCGAAACACAGUAAUUCUGCCCAUAUUUCGUCCCCGUCAGAUUAUUUAUUGCAUCAUGAUUUAGAUCGUGUGUGUAGUUUUUCUUCUUUACAUAGUAGCAAUUCCAAUUCAAGAUCAUCUUUUCAAACUGGAAAUGCAUUUGAGAAGAAAAAGGGUGAUAACGCUUUCAGAUUAAGUGGAGAAUCCAAUGGAAGCCAGAGUGGAGAGACAGAAAAGUUUGAGCAACAAUCCCCUGCACCUUCAUGUAGUUACAGCAGGAGUGAAUCAUUUUCAAGUUCUAUUUCUAGUACUGAUUAUGUACUUCCAGUUUCAAAAGAGAUGCCAGGGAUAUCUAAUAAGCAUCAAAAUGUGGAGUUGUCUGGAGAAAUUACUAAUGGCUGUCCUGCUUCCCUUGCAAAAAAAGAACCAGGAAUUUCUCCUUGGUUAUCAGAAAAGCAACUUCAAAGCCCUGGAUCAAAAAUGGGACAGAUGGAGAUUGGAAAUAUGGAUAUUAAGAAUAAUAAUAUUAUUAUUACUAGCCAUUCAAAAGUUGAUUCCCAUCCUGUUUCCAACUUAGGAUCUGAUGAACUGACCACCACAUCUCAUGUCAAUAAGUUGAUUGAAGACCUCCACAGUCAAUCAAAUGAAACACAGACUGCCGCUGCAGAAGAAUUGAGGCUAUGUACUAAGCAUAAUAUGGAAAACCGUAUCAUUGUAGGGCAGUGUGGGGCUAUCCGGCCUUUACUCUCACUGCUAUAUUCAGACAUACAGAUAACACAAGAACAUGCUGUGACAGCUCUACUGAAUUUGUCAAUUAAUGAAGCCAACAAGGCCUUGAUUACGGAAGCAGGAGCCAUAGAACCACUUAUCCAUGUUUUGCAGACAGGAAAUGAUGGUGCCAGGGAGAAUUCGGCUGCAGCUCUAUUCAGCCUCUCUGUAAUAGAUAACAAUAAGGCAAAAAUCGGCCGUUCUGGUGCAGUUAAAGCUUUGGUGGAUCUUCUGGCCUCAGGAACUCUUAGGGGAAAGAAGGAUGCUGCUACUGCUUUAUUUAACCUAUCAAUAUUUCAUGAGAAUAAAGCUCGUAUAGUUCAAGCUGGAGCUGUGAAGUUUCUGGUUCUGCUAUUGAACCCUGCUGAUGGAUUGGUUGACAAAGCUGUUGCUCUUUUGGCAAACCUGUCAACAAUUGCAGAGGGUCGAUUAGGAAUUGCAAGGGAAGGGGGUAUCCCGUUACUGGUUGAAAUUGUUGAAUCAGGUUCACAGAGGGGAAAGGAAAAUGCUGCUUCAAUUCUCUUGCAACUAUGUCUUCAUAGUCGUAAGUUUUGUACCCUCAUUCUCCAAGAAGGGGCUGUACCUCCCCUAGUUGCAUUAUCUCAGUCUGGUACAACAAGAGCAAAGGAAAAGGCGCAACAACUUCUCAGUCAUUUUCGUAAUCAGCGUGAAGGAGCUACAGGGAAGGGAAAAUCAUGAAGAUAGACAAUUUUGGUUAUUUUAUAGCCUUUUUAUUUCUUGCCUUAAUAACUCCUUCUGCUAGUGAGGACUUUAAGACUCCUUUCAUUACUUUUUUUUUUAUUCUUUUUAAUUCUAUCAAUUGUGCCAUUGUUAAGCCUUUUUUUUUUUUUUUUUUUCUGCUUCUAUAGGCUAUUUAUUUCCCCCUUUUAUUUUGUUGGCUUUAGUGGCUUCGUUUCUUUCUAGUGGAGAGGUCUGUUUUUAGGAGGCAAGCUAAUUCUGAAGCUUUAGCUUGCCAAGAUGUAAACUUAAAACGCUGUUUUGUUGGAGUCAUAACUCAUAAGUCAUAACUGAUGUGGGUCCCUAGUCACUGUUGUACAUAUUUGUACAUAUGGUAU